AUUUCCUUUGACACUCUCUGCAACUGAUCAAGGAUGAGAUAUCCAUCACAUCCACUUGAGUUGACACCUAUCUAGCACUCACCUAUUAAACUGCUGCAAAUCGGCGAUUCUGUCUCUUACCAGGUACCCCCCUCCUUAUCCGCCCGAGGUCUCCUAUCCUUAUCGGAGCCCUGAUGGCGCGGCAACCGUCCUCCACUAUCGCUCGGAAUAGUAACGCUUCUUCCCCCUCCGGUGACCCACUGCUCUGGUCACAACCUGCAAGCCAGAUGGCUGCGCAUUCAUCCAACUCGCAAAGAUCGCAGAAUACCUUCCUCAUGCCUCCUAGUCCGGAUGGUAGUAGUGGUCGCCGCGGGAGCGCGGACUACCGCCCGAGCAUCCGCAAGGCACAGGGCCAUGUGCCGGCAUGCCUGGUCAAUGCUUCGGUGACGUAUUGCAAUAAUGACCAGAUCUACGCUUUUGGCGGUUUUGACCAGUACACCGAUGAAGUCUACAACCAUGUUCUCCGCCUGAAUUUGAACACGUUUCGCUGGGAAUUGGUCGAUAAUUAUGGCGAUAUUCCCGGCGUCCGCAUGGGCCAUACGGCAACCCUGUACCAAGGUGACAAGUUGAUUGUUUUCGGUGGGGAAAAUGAGCACCGCGAAUACCUCUCCGAUGUUGUCAUUCUCGAUAUCCCCACCUCGACCUGGAACCAGCCGGAGAUCCGUGGACCUAUCCCGCGAGGCAGGGCUCGCCAUGCUGCUGUGAUUCAUGACGAGAAGCUCUUUAUUAUUGGAGGUGUGACCGGAGAGAAUAGCGUCAUUCUCGACGAACUCUGCUACUUGGACCUGAAAACCUGGACCUGGUCUCGCAUAUGGGCGUUCACUGCCCGCUUUGACCAUAUUGCCUGGGUCUGGGGCGGCCGUCUCUGGAUCUUUGGAGGUCUGGACCCCAACAUGGAACGGACAACGGAUAUCUGGUGGCUGGACCUCAAAGACAUCCAAUCCCUUGGAAUGGCGACAUCGCAAGGUACCGUGGACUCCCCAACGCCCGCCAACACGAUGACUUACAGCCCAGACACUGUGUUUAGUAGCCCUUCGCAGCAGCUUGCCGGCCGGUCGAGCAGCUAUGCGGCAAACUCCGGCAGCGUGCAGAUUCGGACCCAGUCCAGGACCUCGACUCGACGAAAGCCAAAUGCUCCAGGAGCCGUUUCGUGUCUGCGAUUCCAGUCUGGUCCCCAUGUCCCCGCCCUUUUCUCCGGAACCCAUUUUCAGUCCUACGCAUCCGGUGUUCUGCUAGACCUCAUCACCCCGUCCGAGACCGUCCGUACGUAUGAAUGCAAUUUAUCCUCCUUGGAACUGGAUUCCCUACGCUGGCAGCGGCUCGCCGAUGGCCAAGAGAUUUUCAAGCCCGGGUAUCGAUGGCACUACUGCACAGUCAAUGCCAGUGGGACCAAAGCCUGGCUGCUUGGUUGUAGCCUCGACGCAGGAGCUACCCCGGGGACAAGCGAUGAGAACCACAUGAGUGAAGUGCUUUGCAUUGAUCUAGAAAGAUACGGUCUUUUGGGCAACGAAAUGGCCACCUUCUCGCCCAAUCCGAGCAGAACGCAAAUGGAUGAGCAGACGGGUUUGAUGCCUUUAUCUGGUAUAGGGCAAGAUCUAGCCGCCGUGUUCGAUCAACCACCCGAGUCUGGUAGUGGAGCUGACUUUGUAAUCACUGCUAACCCUGAUGACGAUUUUACAGCGGAUGAUGCUUCAGAAGACACUGGUCCACAGUCCGGACCUGCGUUCCUCUCGCCCAACGCGGCCACGUCUCCGCCCAUCCAUGUGCACCGGAUCAUCUUGCAGCUGCGAUGGCCGCACUUCAAGAGACUCUACUCCGCCCAGAUGGCGGAGUAUCACUCGAAGCGGAUGCACAUCCCUGAGCCCUAUUCGGUCGUCCGGGCCUUCAUCUACUACUUAUAUACUGAUAGUAUUGCGGGUCACCCGGAAUACUGCUCGGACAUCAUUGACGUAGCCGGCAUGCUGGUUAUGGCUAAUCUGUAUGACAUGCCCAAGUUGCGUCUGUUGUGUGUCAACCGCUUGAGCCGGGAGCUUGAUGUGGAGAAUGCAGCGAUCAUCUGGGAGCGCGCGGGGCGGACGAACGAGUCAUGGCUGAUGCGGCGUGCCGCUCAAUUCUGCCUCAGCCAUUGGGGUCGUGUCGUGCGCACUGACGGGUUCAAGUCUCUUAGCCGACAGAGUAUCAUCGAUCUCUGCGAAGUGGUGGAUAUGGAGGGUCGCAUUGUCGCGGGGCCGGAGUUGGAGCUGGUUGGAUCGCUGGGUGAGGGGCUACACAAGGGUCUGAAGCCGACUCAUGGGUUGGGCGGGGGAGCUACUGACAAUGUGGAUGACUUUGACGGGGAUGAAAUGGAUGGAAUGGAGAUUCUUUAAACUGCGUUUGGGACAGGUGAGGCGCUGCGGUUGGGGAUUCUAUUUCUGUGACGUUUUUUCGUGAUUCAUUUAAAGCUAUGGCGCUUGUGCUAGGGGUGAGGGAAUUGGGCUGGAGGAGCAUUUGAGCAGGAGUUUAGACUGAAAUUGCA